AUGAGAAGGAGCCGCACCCAUUCCCUGAGAAAGAGCAUCAGCAAUUCCCUGAGAGAGAGCAUGAGCAAUUCCCGGAGAGGAUACCCCAUGGCAGCGAAAGCGGAGGCAGCAGCAGUGGCGGCAGACCCGGUGGGCGAGCCGAUAGACGUGGAGGGGUGUCGGGGGCGCACUGUGCUCAUCCACAAGCUCGCCCUUCCCCUCCCUUUCUCCCCCUUCCCUCCUUACCAGAAAGCAGAAGCAGCAGCAGUGGCGGCGGAUCCAGUGGGCGAGCCAAUAGACGUGGAGGGGUGUCGGGGGCGGGUGGUGUAUAUUCACAAGCUGGCUCAGGCGUACAACCGCGGGUUGGUUGAGCAGUGCGCCACGCUGCUGCCCUGGUUCUCCAUCUGCCCGCACUUCCAGGUGCGUGGGCGUGUGUGUGGGGGGUGUGUAUGGGUGGGUGUAAGGGUGUUAAGGGGUCUUGGGCUCGUGGAGCAGUGCGCCACGCUGCUGCCCUGGUUCUCCAUCUGCCCGCACUUCCAGAACGAUGGUUUGGGGAAGCGGAUCCGCAACAGCAAGCUGCUUCUACCCUCUGGCCGAUGGUUCGAGACACACAUGUAUGCGCUGGAGAUGGUGUUUCACUACCGCCUGCGCAAGGCGUACAAGUGCAUCACCAGCGAUCCAGACAAGGCGGACCUCUUCUUCAUCCCCUUCUACGCGUCGCUGGACGUCACUCGCUGGCACUUCGCCAAGAACGCGUCCCUGGACGACCGUGACCGCAUGCACGAUGGGCUUGCCAAGUGGUUGAUGAGAAGGGAGCACUUCAAGAAGCGAAACGGAGCGGACCAUUUCAUAGUGCUGGGGCAGGGCUCGUGGGACUUCAGGCGGUCAGAGGGGUCACAAUGGGGCAACCGGCUGCUGCUUCUGCCAGAGAUGAAGCACGUGACCAAGCUGGUGCUGGCGGCAAACCUGUGGGAGGAGACGGAAAUCGGCAUCCCCCCUCUCACCUUCUUCCACCCGCGCUGGGAGAAGGACUACAAGACGUGGCAGCGCAUAGCGGAGUCGCACCGGCGCACGUCGCUAGCUGCGUUUGCAUCCCUGAGGGACGCGUUCAGCAAGCACAACAAGGCACUGGGACGGCAGUGCAAGAAGGCCAAGGCAUGCCGGUAUCUCGAGUGUGUGGAGGACAUCUGCACGCGACCAGAGGUGCUCAUGGACCUCUUCACCGAUGCUGCCUUCUGCAUCAUCCCAUCGGGCCACACCGGAGCUCGCAGAGCCGCGUUCGACGCCAUCGUGGCUGGGUGCAUCCCCGUCUUCCUCGACUCCUUCGUGCCCUCCCAGUACAAGUGGCACCUACCGGCCAACAGCAGCACCUACUCGGUGACACUGACUGAGAAUGCGGUGCUGUCAGGGAGGGUUGACGUCAUGAAGGAGCUCCUGAAGAUUUCAGGAAAGGAGGUGCGGCGAAUGAGGUUGAAGAUCAUAAGGGAGGUGAUGCCAGCAGUGGUGUACAACCACCCACGCAUGUACCCCAUGGAACACAAGCGAGACGCCUUUGAUAUUGCUAUGGAUGAGGUGUCCGAGGGCUUUAAGAUGCAGUACCACUCGGAGCAGCCUUCGGGGCUGCCCCCGCACAAGAGCGGAAGCCGCCGGCGCGCAACGGUCGCGUCCGUCAGUCCGCUCGAGCUGCGCCUGCAGGAGUUUCACAUGGUCGGGGGAGGCGGAAGCGGGGGAGGCGGAAUCGGGGGAAGCGCGAUUGAGCGCGGAAGCAGCAAGCAUGCAGGGUUACCCGUUCGCAGCGCUUCGCCGCAAAGUGUCGCCAACCACGCGGAGUCGCCCGGGCACAUGUCGGACGAACGCGGCUCCAGCAGCCACUCGAGCCACGAGGGGCGCCGCCGGCGAAAAUCCUCCGAUAACGUCGCCGUCGAGGCGCGGACAGCGAUGGCCGGUCUUAGUCUUACCGGUUUAAGCGGCGGGUACGGGGCGGUCCCUACGGGGACGGGGAACAGCACGAGCGGCGGCGGGGGGCGAAGCAGAAGCGGCGCAAUGGGCGGCGCGGCGAGACAGCCUACGCUGGAGUCGAUGCGAAACGGGUUUAACAACUGCAGCAACAGCAGCAUUAGUAGCGUCGUCGACCCGCGAUUGCCGCUGGUCAACACGCCGGACUCCAUACCGUCAGAUGCGGACAAGCCGCGGUUCCUUUCGAAGCCAGCGGCGAACGCGGCGCAGUUUCCGCCGGGGAGCGCGGAGUUAGCGGCGGCGGCGGCGGCUUUGGCGGCGGCUGCCGGCGGAGUUGCGUACUGCAAGCCGCGGUAUCAGUUCUGCCCGAAUUGCGGGUUUCAGCUGGUAGAAAACCCGAUAAUAGAGCCCAUCUUAAAGCCCGUUGUACCCGCUAUGGCGGAGGCGGAGACGGAUUCGGAACAAGACUGCGACGACGACUUGAGCGAGGUAUCCGUGCCACGUGUCAAAGCGCCAUUGGCGCACGACAAGGUGAAAAGCAAGAAGGGAAAGAGCCGCGCAGCGGGGGGGACUGCGGCGCACAGCCACGCGGAAAAAGAAAGGCCGCGCAGCAGACGGUCUUCCGCGGAGCAUAGCAGCAGCGGCGGGGGGGACUCCGACUUCGGCGGAGCCGGCGGAAAGGGCGGAGCUUCCGCCGCCGCGGGAAGGGCGGGAAGCGACGCGGAAGAGCCGGGCGCGCGGAGGCCGCCCGCCGCGUUUCCCCCUUCCGCGUCAUCCGCGGGGAAGGAGAUCGAGGGGAGCCGCAUGGACCGCCUGAGAGCGCCGGAGGUGGGGCAGCGGCAGGUGCUCCGCCACAUGGAGAAGGGCGGCGGAGCGGGCGCGGGCGGCGGAAAGGGGCGGCAUCGGCGCAUCGGGAGCGUGGAUCAUAACAUCUAUUCCGCCGCCAUGCCGCUCACGAAGGGGCGGCUCGCGGGCGGCGCGGGGGCAGCGGCGGGGAGGGAUCAGGGUUACGGGGAUGCGGAGGGGGGAGGGAUGGGCGCGGGACGCGCGGCGAUGAGGGGGAUCGCGUCUCCCGUUCAGGAGGAUGACGGGGAGGGGACGGAGCGCAGCUCGCCGACGGAAUCCGUCGCGCUGUCUGACGUGUCCGCGGCUACGGGGCGCGACGCGCCGGGUGGCGGCGCGAUCGGCGGCGCGAGCGCCGUCAGCGCCGCGAUCUCCGCCCACAGAAAGCGGCUGGGGAUUGGGGGAGACGGGGGGAGCGAGCGGGGGAGCGAGAGGGGAAGCGAGCGGGGGAGCGUGGCGGGUUCCCCCAGGGGGGAGUCUGGGGGCGCAGGGUCCCCGCGGAAAUCCGCUAUAGGGCUGAAGAAGCUGCAGCUAAGAGUGGAAAUCGGGGCAGAUGAUAGCGGGGAUGAAGGCAGGGAGGUCAAACUGGUGGCGGUAGGACCCCCCGCGGGGAAGGGGGGCGGAGGGGGGAUGGGGGGAGAUGGGGCCGGGGGAAGCGGAGCAGGGGGGGUGGGGAGAGGAGUGCGGGCGGUGGCGGGGAUAGGAUCCGUGAAAGAAAGGUCCGGGCUGAGAAGGGAGGGUAGUGUUGUGAGAGGGGGUGUGGGGGGUGGGGCGGGCGGGGGACCAGCGGGGUCUAUAGCGCCGUUGUCUGUAGCGCCAGUCACCGUAGCACAGAAGGGCGCGCACCGGCGCAUUUCGUCGUGGGUGGACGGGGGCAGUCUGCGGCACACAGACUUCAUCCUGCGCAAGCCAUACCGCGAUGUGACCGAGGUGUUUGACGUGCAGGAGGAGGAGCUGGGCGUGGGACAGUUCGGAGUCAUUCGGUCGUGUGUUAACAGGGUUACCGGGGCCCUCCUGGCAUGCAAGACGAUCAGCAAGGAGAGGAUUGUGUGCCCAGAGGAUGCGGAGGAUGUGCGCAAGGAGGUGCAGCUGAUGCAGCAACUGAGGGGGCACCCCAACAUUAUCGACCUCUAUGAGACGUUUGAAGACAGCAAGCACGUGCAUCUGGUGAUGGAGAUCUGCAAGGGCGGGGAGCUGUUUGAUCGCAUCAAGCUGAGGGGGCAGUACAGCGAGCGCAGCGCAGCGCUGGUCUGUCAGACGCUUGUAGAAGCGCUGCUGUACUGCCACUCCAACGGCAUCGCGCAUCGCGACGUGAAGCCGGAGAACAUUCUUUUAAUGCACAAGGACGAUGAUACUAACAUUAAAGUGAUCGACUUUGGCGUCGCCACGCGAUUCAGACACGGCGAGCCGCUUACUGAGUUUGUCGGCACGCCCUACUACAUGGCGCCGGAGGUCCUCACUGGCUCGUACGGCCCCGAAUCAGACAUCUGGUCAGCGGGGGUCGUCCUUUACAUCAUGCUGUGCGGCUUCCCGCCCUUCUGGGCGCCGAGCAACGAGGGCAUAUUCGACGCGAUCCGGCGCAAGGAGGUGCAGUUCAAGUCGGCCAAGUGGCGCACUGUGAGCGAGGACGCGAAGGAGCUUAUAAGGAGGAUACUCGUUAAGGACCCCCGCAAGCGGAUCUCGGCACUGGAGCUGCUCGAUUCCAUGGCCGACGCGCGGCCAGCUUCCGACGUCAGGCGGCGCCGGUCGGCGCAUCGCGGUCGACCCUAUGCAGACGACAAGGACCGAGACCACACGGCCAAGCCACGGGACCACCACCACACGCCUGCCACGUCAGCUGCGGGUUCUGCUGCCACGUCACUGGGAGGAAAUGGAGGCGGGCUAUCAGCUGCUGCUGUGGGUCCGCCUGGAUUUUCGUUCCCUGCCACCGCUGCCACGUCAUCUGCGUCUGCUGGAGUGCGCCCAUCCUCCCCCAACGUUCGCCCCCCUUCGCCGCUAACCCAGCAAACCUCUGAACCGACCGCAGCAGGAGCCAUGCAAGCAACCGGCAGUGCAGAGCCGGUGCUGCCAAGGCCCCAUUCCGUCUCCACACAGUCCCCUCUGGCACCACUGCCACCUGCAUCAGCUGCAGCGUCUCAGCAACCCCAGCAACCCCACCAGCCCCACCAGUCCCAUCAAUCCCACCAAGCACAGCAGCGGCACCAGGAGGAGGUGCAGAGAAUGCUGGCGGCAAAGCGGGCAGCGGUGCAGCGAGCAAGGCAGAUGGGGGCGACAGGCCACUUCAAGCCGUAUGACUCCAUGUUUGGGAAUUCCCUCGUUCCUGUCAUUCCGUUCCAACAACCUUAG